CAUCUUUUUUUGCUAUUUUCUUCAAAUCCUAAAGAAACAGGUUAGUGAGUGUGAAAAUCCCCAAAAAAAAAACAGAGGUUUUUCCUCUUUUUCAUUUGCCUCUUUUCUCUUUUCCCUUCUUUUUGUUUGCUUUCACAUCUUUGCUCUUUAUCUAUGGGUCACUCAGUCACAUUCUGAUUAUUAAAAUAAGAAAUGCUUUUCCUUUAGUAAAGAAUCAUCUUUUCAUGCCGAUUGCAUCACCACUGCAAAUUUCCAUUUUCACUAUUUUCUUCUAAAAUCUCUCAUCUCUCUCCCCACUCCAGUAAGAAAAAAGUUAUAAACUUUGUCUUUCCCCAAAGCUUUAUUUAGCUUCUCUGUGUAGUUUCUGGAUCGAACCAGUUAAAAACAGAGUAAAACCCACUCAGAUGCUUACGUCUUUGUCCUGAAAACCCUCUACUCAGAUAGAUAAAAAUCACUUCUUUCAGAUGGGCUCAGAGCAGCAUAGAUUUCCUCAGCAUGAACAACAACAACAGAGGAAAAGGUGGGGAGGUUGUUUAGGAGUCUUCUCAUGUUUCAAAUCCCAAAAAGCCCAAAAACGAAUAGUACCCGCUUCUCGCAUUCAAGAAGUCCCCACCAAUAAUCUCUCACCUUCACAACCUAACGGAUCUGUCUUAACAAACCAAGCUACAAGAGCAAUGAACUUAGCUUUCAUGGCACCACCAUCCUCACCCGCUUCCUUCACAAACUCCCCUCUUCCUUCAACCACUAACUCACCAAACAACUACUUAUCUCUCUCCGCAAACUCACCAGGAGACCCUUCCUCAAGUAUCUACGCAACAGGACCUUAUGCUAAUGAGCCUCAACUAGUCUCACCUCCUCCUGUUUUCUCCACCUUCACCACUGAGCCAUCCACUGCUCCUUUCACUCCUCCUCAAGAACUUGCUCAUUUAACUACUCCUUCCUCACCUGAUGUCCCUUAUGCUCGUUUCUUGGCUUCCACGUAUGCUAUUUAUCCUGUUAGUCCAGCUAGCUCUCUUAGAUCACCAAUCUCCAGAGCUUCAGGAGUCUCAACGCCAUUGCAGGAGUCAAACUUCUUCUGUCCUGAAACUUUUGCUAAGUUUUACUUAGAUCAUGACCCUUCUGUGCCUCUGAACGGUGGGAGAUUGAGUGUUUCCAAGGACUCAGAUGUGUACCCUACUAGCCAGAAUAGGCAGACAAGAAGUCCCAAGCGAGACAUGGAGGAGUUGGAAGAAGCUUAUAGAGCUUCUUUUGGUUUUAGUGCUGAUGAUGUCAUCACAACUAGUCAGUAUGUUGAGUUCAAUGAUGUGAUGGAUGACUCUUUGCUCCUCAGAAGAGAAGCUGAUCUUGAUUCACCAAAGGGCCAUAAACCAAGGAAAGGCAUCCAUGCUGAUGAAGAGGUUUUGUUGUCAAGAGUGGGGUCUGUUAAGAAAGGGAAUAGAAGCUAUCUCUCUGGUGUUUCAAGCUCUGAUGCAGAGAUAGAGUACAUAAGAGGAAGAAGCUUAAGAGAAAGCAGAGAGAACAGACACAGGAGAUAGCCAGCUAGCUCUGUUCUUAAGGCCUUUUAAGUUGCAAUGUAUUUAAUAUGAUCUUUUGUUAUGCUAAACUCUUUGAGAUAAGUCUCUAGUUUUUAAGUGUAUAUCAAUAUAUUACAACUGGUUUUUAGUAGAAUGA